CCGCACGGAGCCAAUCGCAGGCACUCCGUGCGAGUGAGCGAGCGUGUGCGUCUGAACCCCCGGUCCUGGGCCUCCCCUAGGUCGACUCGGCAUUAAACGAGUACCGACAGCCGCGAUAUGUAAAACGUCAGCGCCGGGGGAAUAACAUCGGGCGGUAAGCGACGUGGGGGACACGGGGCCAUCCCACGUGUCCGCUCGACCCCUCCGCGGUGGACCGUGCCGGCUUUGCUCGGCGCACGCUCACGGCACUCGCUCCUUCCUCGUCGAGGCUCGACUGGGUUAGCGAGAGCGGUAGAAGGGGGGGGGGGGUUCGCUUUGUUUGGGGGGGGGCAGGUAUUGUUGGAGGUGCAGGGGCUGGCCGCGCGGCUGAGCGCCCAGUCGGUGCGUCAAGACGUGCGCGGCGCUCUUCCGACUUUCAUUUACGGAUUUCUGGUUGUGCCCCCCCCCCCCCCAAUUUUCCUUUCCGCCUCCCCCCACCCCUCAACUAUAGUCAUCCCCUCGAGGAGCGGAGGGGGAGGCGGGGGCAGAGAAAGGGGGCCACGGAGGGGAGACGGGGGGGGGCGAUCGUCACGGGACGGUUGCGAGCUCGGUGCGUCGCGGCUCCGCUCCACGCGCGCUCUCGCGAGGCCGGGGAAGCGCUUUGGACUAUUGCGAGCGUCAUCAUCAUCAGCAGCAACAUCAGCAGCAGCAACAUCAGCAGCAGCAUUAUCAGCAAGAGCAGAAGCGGCGGAAGCAACAGUAGCAGCAACAACAGCAGCUCCAGCAGCAGUCUCUUAACUAGUAACGAAAUCAUCAUCAUCAGUAUCAAUCAUCAAUCUUCAUCAUCAGCAGUGCUUGCCGGACCGUUCCAUUAUAGCAUCAGCAGCGACUGCCGGGACAUUAUCGCAGCAUAAUCAUCAGCAGCAGCAGUAGCAAGAGGCGACAUCAUCACACGUUGGACUUUGUCUCGCUGUGAGCCCCUCGUUAGGGGCGGGGAGAGGAAGGGGGGUGGGGGGGGGUAGCCGCUGAGAUUGAGAGGGAAGGUGUCUGUCCUUCACACGGUCAACAACAGCAGCAGCAGCAUCAUCAGCGGCAGCGGCGGCCGGGACCUCGACCUGGGCCUCUGACCACCCCCGCCCCCGUGGGCCGGCGUGAGCCCCGAACCUCGUCUCGUGUGAAAUGGCGGGCGACGACUUCACUGGCAGGGACAGCCUGCCGCCCGGCUGGUAUUACGACGUGACGAGUGACGGUCGUGUCUACUUCAUGCAUGAGGACACGCGCAGCACCACGUGGCUGCACCCCCGCACCAGUGAACCCGUGUCCACGGGGCAUCGCCGCCGCUCAGACCUGCCCCGCGGCUGGGAGGAAGGCUUCACGCCUGAAGGAGCCAGCUUCUUCAUAGACCACAAUGAGCGUGUGACCACGUUCUUCCACCCGGAGACUGGGCACGCGGCGGAGGAGAACGCGGGAUUCCUCCUCAACGACACCAUGCCAUACGAAGAGAGGGGAGGGGAGCGGCCGGGAAGUUUGGUCAGCGACACCACGAACACAACGCUCACCACCACCACCCACACCACCAGCACGAUCUCCAAGAAGGCCCAGCCCUUUGGGAAGGGCUCCGCCGUGAUAGCGAGAAACCCCAAGGCUGCUGUGGUGAAGUAUGGGUGGCUCUUCAAGCAGGACAGCGCCGGCAUGAAGUUGUGGAAGAGGCGAUGGUUCGUGCUAUCUGACCUUUGCCUCUUCUACUACAAAGACAGCAAAGAGGAGCAGCUCCAGGGCAGCAUUCUCCUGCCCAGCUACGAGAUCUCCCCCGUGGAGCUCCCGGACAACGUGACGAGGAAGUAUGCCUUCAAGAUGAGCCCCACGGGCCAGCGUGCCUACUACUACAGCCGCGACUUUGUGAUGCACUAUCAGGCGCAGCAGACGGGCAGGCGGACGUACUUCCUGGCGGCGGAGAGCCAGAGGGAUGCCGACGACUGGAUGGCGGCGCUGGGGCACACCGCGCUGUCUCAGCCACGCCGGAACGGCCAGGGCGGCCCCAACCACCACGCGGAGCGCCUUCGCCACGAGGAGCCGGCGCGCAACGGGAGGGGGGACCACCACGGGCUGGGGGGCGCGAGCGGGGGGGGCGCGGGCCGGGGGGAGGGCCCGCGCAGCCCCCGCAGGGCGCCGCGCUCCAACGGGGGUGGGGGGGCCCCCGCGGCGGGGCCGGGGGCCGGGGGCGGUGGGGGGGGCCGCAGGGAGCCGCGGCUCUCGGACAGCGACGGCGGCGGUGGCGGUGGCGGCGAUGCCAGGGUGAUGGUGGCGCAGCCCCGCCACGGCGAGGGUCCCAGGGCCCACGUUUGGCCCGAGGUCUCCGGCACGGUGGCCCGGGGUCCCUACCCCUCCGAGGGGGCCCACCCCCCCCGUGGCCCCGACCCCAGGCAGCCCCACCAGCCCGUCAUCGUGUCGCGUCCGUCACGGAGCAACCACAGCCAGGGCUCCAACCCGGCCCGGCAGAGCGGCCCCCAAACCCAGACGAUGCCGAGGCUGCGCCGGGAGGUGAGGCCGGACGUGACCGACCAGGCCCGACCAUCCCAGCCGACGCUCCCGUCGCGCCUGGCGGCCGGCCCCGGCGCCGCCGCCCCGGCCUCGACGGCCCCGGCCUACAGCACCCGCACGCUGCCAGUGCGGGGGGCCGUGGGGGGCGCCCCCGCGGCGGCGGGCGGGAGGGGGCAGCGGCACGGAGCCAACGUGGCCGCCCGGCCGGGCGACUACAAGUACGCCCAGGACCGCGUCCUCCUGCGCAGCAUGAACGACGAGGACAAGCGCUCGAGCAAGGAGGGAACCGUCUGGCGCCUCUACGAGUGGCAGCAGCGCCAGCUCUUCCGCCAGGGCGUCGCGCCCCCCUCUCGCUCGCCCACGGAGGCGCCCACGUCCCCCGGCGUCGACCGGGGCGCCGGGCCCUUUGCGGGAGCCGCCGCGAGGUCGUCGCGCGGCGUCACGUCCCCGCACGCCCCCGUGGGGAGGGUGGCGGUGGCCGCCGGCCGUUACAGCCAGGACGACGCCGGCCCGGCGAGGAGGGCGCCCGCCGGGGCGGCCUACAAGGGUCCAGAGAGCCAGGACCGUCGCUCCCUCCCGGGUGCCUACAGCUCCCUCCCCCACUCAGUCACCACCUACUCGCUCUCCAGCAAACCGAUGUCCGCGGCGCCCUCCCCGCCCACCGGGGUCCACCUUCCGGACGACAAGGAGAUCGAGCUGCGGCUGGCACGUCUGUGCGAGGAGGACCAGUCACUGCGCUCACUCACCGCUCAACUCCAGCAGCUGCAGGAUGACAAGGCGCGGCUGGAGGAGGCGCUGGAGACCACGCACCGGCAGAUGCAGGAGUUCCGGGGCCAGCCGGCCCACCAGCAGAAGAUCCUCUACCAGCAGAGGCUGCUGCAGGAGGACCUGGUGCAGCUGCUGGCACAGAUCUCGCUUUCCAACUCGGAGUGGGAGCGCGUCAUGCAGGAGCGCCGCGGCCUCGAGAGGGAGGCGCGGGGCCUGCAGGAUGCCGCCUCGGCCCAGCUUGCCCGGCUGGGGCCCGCGGCGGGAGCGCCCGCGGCCGCCCGCCUGCAGAAGCAGCUGUGGCGCAUGGAGGACGUCCUGCGCGGGCUGCAGUACGUGGGCAGCGCGGGGCAGCGAGAUGGGUCGACCCGUGACGGAGCCCCCCAGCCCCGCGGGGGGGCGGCCGUGGACCGAGGGUACGAGCCCCCCCCGCCGCCUCGCAACUACGAGCGCUACCUGGAGGAGGAGGAGGAGCGCGCCCCCCCACGGCCCCCCCUCCCCCGUGCCUACUCCCCCGACGACGCUGCUGCCAUGGGGGAGCAGCCUCCAUCACCGUCGGCCGAGGGGGGGCGCCCCCCCGACGUGCCGCCCCUCCCCAGGGAGACGCAGGCGCUGCGCCACACUUCGGUGCGCGAGCUCAAGCGGCAGUCGGGCGAGCGGCGGAGAGACCGGGAGCACGGCGGACUCACCAACGGGGACUACCAGUACCACAGUGAGCCCGAGCUCUCCAUCGGAACCAGCAGCGAUCCCUCGUCCUCCCUCUACAGAUCGACACUCCCAGGCCAAUCGCAGAUGCUCUCCGUCUCCUCCUUCGUGACGCUUCGACGAAGCCAGACGGAGGCUAACGUCUCGUCACAGCGGGACCGACCCCGCAGCGCCCUAGAGCGUCUGUAUUCCGGCGGCGGUGGCGGUGGCCGCAUGAGUGCUGAGGAGCAGCUGGCGCGGAUGAAGCGGAACCAGCGAACCCUACAGCGGCAGCGCAAGCGCUCGCUCAGCUCGGCGUCGGACAAGCGCGGCGGUGGCACUGCCGCUGCAACCGCAGCUGGCGGCGGUGGCACGCUGGCGAACAGCAGGGCUGCCGCCGGUGGCACGGCCACGCUGCCCGCACGCCCGCACUCCGCCUCGUUCGCAUACGUACGUUGGUCCAUGACACUGUGGGGCCCUCACCAAAUUCCCCCCCGCGCCCCCUUCCUUGGUAGCCCGGGGGCUGGGCCCCUCCGGCCCGCUAGGCGCCCCGGUGCAGUUGCACCGCCUGCGUGCUCAACAGCUCCACCACCGGUUCCCCCCCUCCCCCCUCGCAGCAGCACUGGGACCCCGAGGAGUCGGAGCUUCGCCCGUCGGGGGGGUCGGCGGUCAGCUGGGGGUGGGACGGUGGUGCCCCCCCCCGGUCCUCCUCCUCCUCGGCCCCCCCCCGCCCCCGCAGUCCCCCCAGCAGCCCCCCCCAGAGCGGAGAGUAGCUCGACCUUGGCGAGCUCGGCGCCGCGGGGUCGCGACGGGAUCACGGAGAUCGACGUGGAGCCGGACAGCUACGAGGUCGACCUCUUCAAGGAGCUGGGCCGGCCAGACAAGGUGGUGAUCCCGGAACGUUACAUGGAGAUGGAGCCGGAGGAGGCCCUGGGCCCGGAGGAGAUGGAGGCACGGAGACGCACGGUCGCCAAGAUCCAAAACCUGCUGGCUCGUUCGAGCGGGCACGCGGUGCCGGUGGCGGUGGCGCCGGGCGGCGAAGCGGAGGGCCCCGGUGUGAGCGAGGACCAGGAGCGGAUCAUCAGCAUGUCACACGCACUCGCGAGCGAGGCGUCACGUCGCAGCAAGGCCGUGGCCGCCCAAGCCUUGAGGAGCAGCGUCGGCAGUGGGAGCAGCGUCCGGGCACUGCUGAUGACUUCAAAAGACGAAGAUGACUUCCUCCUAUAAAUACCGCCUCCGAUAAUAGCAAUACCGUUUGAUAUUACUAUGAUUACC